GAGUGUGUGUGUGAGUGUGUGUCUGUGUGUGUGUGUGUGUUCAGCUGUUAAGCUCAGGAAUUUGGGGAUGAUGAUGUCGAGCACUUCAGCUUCUUCUGGACUCCCUCAGAGAAGACGAGCAGAAAGAGGAAGAACAGAGCAGUUUAAAAAGAGACAAUUAAUCAACAUACAAAAAACACGAGUCCCUGCUGUGCGUCAUUUCUGCCUAAACAAAGAUGUAUUUACACACAGCCUGAGGGGUCACACAGGGGUCACGUGGGGGUCAUGCGGGGGUCACGAGAGCCACUGAAUGCUGAGCUUAACUGUCUUUCUCUCAGUCUGCUGGAAUUUACAGAUAAAUCAUUCAAUCAUCACUGAGCUUCAGAGACAAAGGCCAUACAAUCCCACUGCAGAUAAAGACUGAAGUGUGUGUGUGUGUGUGUGUGUGUGAAAAACCACUUCACACACAUACACACACACACACACACACACACACACCCCUUUCCAGACACAAAGAAAAACACACAGCAAUUAACUUCAUGCCAACGGCAAACAAGAACAGGAAACAAUGACCAUAUAAGGAACAGCUACAGCUACAUACUACUAUAAUACUACAGCUCUUCUUCUCCUUCUUCUUCAGCAUCCUCUUGCAGUGGAUCAUCUCAACUGGACCUGCUCUUCUCCAAACCUGCUUCACUCAUUAAAAAUCUCACGCUCAGAUUAUAGAACACAUUUCCUCUCCAUAUCACACAGACGUCAUUGAUAAACUAAACCCCGGCAUCAGCGCUCACACGUCCUCUGAAGCAGAGGAAGAAGAGGAUGAGUUCGCUGUAGAGUCUGGUUCCUCUCCAUAAAGCUGCUCAGUGACACUAAACAUGCUUUAAUGUUAGACGUGUGUUAACAUAAUAUUAGAGUUUUUCUUCAUUUUAAAGUUUUUGUGUUACUUUUAGAGACAUCAUCGUUUAGAGACAUCAUCGUUUAUCGUCUUGUAGAAACUUUUUAUCUUCUAUUUUAAUUCUUCCUAUAAGACUUUAAAACAAAACUGUUUCCAAAUAAAUCAAUAAAUAAUUGCAUCAUUUGCUCCAAUCUUACUUUCCAAUACGUCCAAGGUUUAGUGUUUUUACAGUGCUGGUAGAGCAGGUAUUAAGUUUUCGGUGUUUAUAUCAUGCUAAUAAGAUGUUGUAAUAACCUGCUCGUACUGUAAAUCAUCUGAAAUUUGUAGUUUGAAGUGAAUUUAUUGUUAAAGCCGCAGUGAGGUGAUAUGAGAGGAGUUUCUCUCAGAGCUGACGUGUGAAACAGCUUUAACCUGAUAUCCUCCAUCACCGCGCCCCGUUUACCGACAUUAGCGACCGGUCUGAACCGGAAUUCCUCUGCAAGAGUUCAGCCAAUAGCAUCGUCUCACUCGGACCGUUCUGCUCUCUGAUUGGUUGGUGGGUGGGAUUAGUACCUGUAUCCUUAAGGCACUGCAGAUACCCACAAAAACAACUCACAAAAUACUGCACACACACACACACACGCACGCACGCACGCACGCGCACACACACACACACACACACACACACACACAGCUAAUUAUAGCACCGUAUCGGCUCUGGCCUGAGUUACAUGUGUGUUUGGGGUAAAAACAGUCUGCGAGAGGGAAAAGGGUGUUCCCUUAGUUUAACCAACAUAGAAGAUCAAAUUCAGUGGACACAAAACAAAGACACACACACACACACACACACACACACACACACACACUCAGAGCUCUUGUGUAACUCAUCUGAUCAGUGUUUUAACGCCCGGCCUUUACAUCCUGCUGCUCGUAAUUAAAGUGAACCUGUUCAUGCAUUUAAAGGAGUGAUGUUGGAUUGGUCUGGAGCGGCGUCUCGUCCCGCAUCCCGCGUCCUGCACCUGCACUUAUUCAUCACUCUGGACCCCGGGACAGUAAUGUUUCUCAUUUGGGGAAUUCAGGAGCGAGCCGGUUUGGAGACAAUGAGCUCCGAGUGAAAGACCUGCUCUACAUACACUAAUGAGACGAGAGCACAGAGAGUAUAUAACACUGACACGAGCGAGGAUGUGACGCUCAACCCCAGAGACAGAUUCAUCACUGACAGAGUGGACCACUGAACACCUGCAGAAGAAGAAGAAGAAGAAGAAGAAGAAGAAGAAGAAGAAGAAGAAGAUGGCUCGAUGCUGUAAAUGCACCAGACUGCACCUGGCAGUGACGGUGCUGAUGUGCGUCCUCGUCUACACUGAGGGAGUCAGUCUGAACGACCUGCUGGACCGAGCCUCACAGCUCUCCGACAAACUGCACUCACUCAGCACCUCGCUCACCAACGACCUGGACUCUCAUUUCCCCCCAGUAGGAGGAAAGCUCAUGAGGCCGUCCAUGUGCCACACCUCGUCCCUGCAGAUCCCCAACGAUAAAGAUCAGGCGCUCAGCGUACCGGAGAGCGAGCUUCUGUCUCUGGUUCGCUCUCUGCUCAUGGCCUGGUCAGAUCCUCUCGCUCUGCUGUCGUCUGAGGCCACCAGUCUGCCCCACCCUGAGCGCAACUCCAUCAACACCAAGACCAGAGAGCUGCAGGACCACACCCACAGCCUGGGGGCCGGCCUCGAGCGCCUCGUCCGCAAGAUGGGCUCGUCCCCCGAGUCUCUGUCCUCCCUGCCGUUCAACAGUAAUGACCUGGGACAGGACAACAUCUCUCGCCUGGUCAACUUCCACUUCCUGCUGUCGUGCUUCCGCAGGGAUUCGCACAAGAUCGACAGUUUCCUCAAAGUGCUGCGAUGCAGAGCUGCUAAGAUGCUGCCGGAGAUGUGCUGAAGCGGGACGCGUCCUGACGUUUCUCCUCUGAACCUCUCUGAAUUCAUCAGUCAGAAAUGAAGAAUGGUUUUAUUCUCAUACGAUUUAAAAGAGUGAUGCUGAAUGUUUUUUUUAAAAAGAUCACACAUCUCACGUGAUCAGAUUCUCGUGUGUCACUGUCGCAGUAAUUUAACCUUCAUACUUGAAUAAAUAAAGCAGACAGCAGGACAGAUCUGUGCUUUAUUGUCGAAUUAAACUACAAGCAAAACAGUUAAACUGGUGAUGAUGGGAGACUAGACUGAGUUCACCACUGAUUUGUUUAUGUUUCAUGUAAUAUAAUUUAAUUUAAUUUAAUUUAAUUUAAUUUAAUUUAAUUUAAUUUAAUUUAAUUUAAUUUAAUUUUAAUUUAAUAUAAAAUAACUGAUCAGAUGAAUCAAACCUUCAGCUCACUCUUUUAACCUGGUUAUGGGGCUGUGAGUAAAUGUUUGCACUUUAAGGUAUUUAUAGAAAUACUGAUGUAGGAUCUUAAUGUAGUUUUCCUUUUCCUCAUCUUUACAAAACUGCUGAACCAAAAAAUGUCAAUAAAUCAUUAUCAUGCAU